UCAGUUACUGUAACUUGUCGUCACAUUAUUCUAAUCCCAUGUAUUGCUUUCCAGGACAAUGGCUACCAAUCCCCUUAGAAGAUUAUCGGGAUAAGAUGUCAUACACACACACACACACACACACACAGCCUCCUGGCUGUCCUGGUGCUUUUCCAUUGAGGUGGAUUCAGUGCUGGGACAUACCAGGCAACAGGUAGGAAUGUGGUUCACAUAUAUAUACUUUGUGUUCUUCAACUUGAAAUUCAUAUUGACCAAAGGACAAUAAAACACACUUUUAAUGUGUUAGCUUAUUGGCUGCAUUGCCUGCUGGGUAUUUUCCAAAGCUUAUCAUCAGUUUUUUUAGCUUGGUUGAUUUCCAUUGAUUGCUAAGAGGAUCUGAAGAUAGACGCUCACCAUCAACAUUUAUUCAGCCUUAAUUUCACUGUUGAAGUUGUAUUGUCAUCAUGUGAUAAUACAGCUAAGAGCUUUCUUGAAAGUGCAUUUGAGGACAAGGUAAAGUCAAAUACAAAAGAUGUUAAUGCUAUGAAAAGUACAAUCCUAUACAAGAAUGUUAAUCUUGGACAGUUCAUCCACUCGUAUAGAAAAACUGGGAAUCCUAGACGUUAGGGAUCCCAGGAUCUGAAUGUGGUCUUCUCUCUGCUCAACAGCUCUUAAAUCUAGGACUUUCAUCUGGACUUUAUUUGAGCUCUUCAACACUUCUCCCCCAUCCUGAAUAAAAGACUACAACUCAAGUCUAACAUAGGAAAAGGUCUGGACUUCAUCUUGCAGCUAUGAUGUCGGACCUCGAUGUUGAUCUGGUAAUUGAAGCCCAUCCUGUUUGAUGACUUAACUUGAAGUUGCUAUGGAUAAAAGACAACAACAACAAGGAAGGACGAGUUAUUGAAUGCUCAGGAUGAAGUGGGAAUCUGUUUCACUGAUUUUUGUCUUGCUGACUGGCUGGUGUUUCCAGCCUGUCACUGGUGACUUUGAGACCUCUGAUGAACACCCAGACAUCGGCCAUGAUGAAGACGUACACCCCAACUCCUUCAGAGAAACAACUGCAGAUGUACUGGACAUGAAUACCCCAACAAGCAGAGAUAUACCAGACAUGGACUUUGAAACAAACUGGGACAUAUCAGACAUAAACAAGGACAACUAUGGGGACGCUGACUGGCAUCCUCCUCCCUCCCACCUGGAAACACACCCUGAUCCUUCCCCUGAUGCCCCACCGGUGAUGCGCAGCGGCAACACUGGUGUUGACAACAGCACCAGUCAAACCAUCAACAGGACUAUUGUUACUUCAUCAGCACGGUGUGGAGAGUACAGCAGCCAGCUGAUGUCUAACGGCCAGUGCCGGCUGAUGGCAACGCUGCCCCCUGUGGGAACAUCGCAGAAACGUUGCCCAGACAUGUUCCGCUGCACAGACGACAUCUCCAAUUGGCUGCAUGAGAACCAGAACAGAAAGGAGCAGCUGGAGGAGAUGAGGGAGACGAUGUCAGAGCUGCAGGAGGAGCUGAGGAACCACCGGCAUCGAGUCAAGGCCCUGGAGGUGCAGGGUGAAGAAAGUGUUCGUUUAAACUUGACCUUUGACCAGCGGUUGCAUUCUCUGGAGCUGCGUCACGCCAAGGCCGACACGAUGCUUCGCGUGCACGCGGCGCUGCUGUACGAGCUGCAGGCGCAGCUCCGCAACCUGUCAGCCACCGUGCACCGCAUGAGCCGCACCACGGGCUGCGCCAUCAGAGCUACACCGCCGCUCGGCAUGCGAGACACACUGCCACCAGACGGGCAGUACCUGUCUUUCUGUCCUUCAGACUGUGCGUCUCUGUAUCACAAUGGUUUUCGUCGCUCUGGUGUUUACACUGUCGUAAUGUCACCAGGCGCCACCCUGCCUGUCUACUGCGACAUGGAGACCGAGGGCGGUGGCUGGACGUUGUUUCAGCGGCGGCGUGACGGCACAGUGAGUUUUAACCGCGGCUGGACAGAGUACCGUGAAGGCUUCGGCGAGCCACGAGGAGAACACUGGCUGGGCAACCAACACCUUCACCUGCUGUCCAACCAGGGCCACUACAGCCUCCGCAUCGACCUGCAGGACUGGAGCCACGCCCACAGACAUGCCCUGUACCACAACUUCAGGAUAGAGAAUGAGGAGAACCAGUACCGCCUCCAUGUGUCUGGUUUCAGUGGAACCGUGGAGGAUUCAUUCGGGUGGUACCACGACCAGCAGGGUUUCAGCACGCCGGACACCGGAAACAUCUGUGCUGAGAUCAGCCACUCCGGCUGGUGGUUUCAUCAGUGUUUCUACGCCAACCUCAACGGUGUCUACUACAAGGGGGGGCGCUACUCUCUGAAAGCUCAGAAUCUGCUCGGGCCGGACGGCAUCGUGUGGUUCUCCUGGAAGGAUUCAGACUUCUACUCUCUGAAAGCGGUCACCAUGAUGAUACGACCACGCAACUUCAGGCCACGCCUGUCGCCAUAGUGAUGAAGUGUUUGUCAUGCAGUGUAAAAGCUCAGCUGGCAGCUUCUAAAUAUGUAUUAAUACGCCACUGAAAAUAGUCCCCGACAAAUGCACUAUUUUGUCUUGUUUGAGAAAUGUUUGCAAAAAAACUACAGUGACCAGCUGUUUUAAGAAAUUACUGAGCCUUUUAAAAUAAUGAAACAGAUUUGUGAGCUAUUUAUUGAUUAUUAAUGUCUUCAGGUGGAACUAAUGGGCUUGGAGCUGGAAGCUAAACUGAGUAAAAGAUUAAGAAGCAGCACUAAAACAAAGUAUCUGAUUAAACUAAUUAGACACAAUAUGAGCACGUACACUGGAAGCCAGAUAAUAUUUUCCUGGUAGUAAUUUCCUUUAUUUAAAGGUUAAUUGAUGCUCUGUGUGU